AGACCUCAUUCCACUAACGUGACAGUUCUGUGAGACCCUCCUAAAGCCCCUACAUCAGCUACUACGUGGAUAUAACUCAAUCAGAAGACAAUUUGUUCCAUCUCUCUGGAUGAACUAACUAUUCUUAAUGUGGAUUAUUGGCACAUUAAUUUUAAGAUGCAGAGGAAUCCUAAAUCUACAACCAGCGUCCCAGAACACAGCAAAUCAGGAAAAUUAAGAAAAUCAAAAAAGAAUGAAAAAACAAAUGCAGAGGGACCUCCUGUUUAUUUGCCAGAUAUUCCAGAGCCUAAAAGUAGAGCUGAGCUGAUGAAGUACUGGAUAGAUCUGACUUUGGAUAAGAAAACAGCCAAUAAGAUGUUGUGGAUUUCCGAUGAUUUUUCCAAGGUUAGUCGAAGAACAAAAGAGGUUUGUCCUGUGCUGGAUGGACCCGACAGAUAUGAAUAUUCUCCACAGGUAUUAUGCAAAGAGAGCAUUUGGAAUCAAAGGGGUUACUGGGAAGUUGAGUACUCUGGUUGGGUAGCAGUUGGAGCCACCUUUGACGAAGCAGCAAGGAGAGCAAAUUCUGAGCUGAGCGGUCUUGGAGAAAAUGAACACUCCUGGGGUUUGUGCUGGUCGGGAAGUUGUUAUCAGAUAUGGUUCAACUGCAACCAUGAAGACAUCACAGAAGUCCCGUUUUGCUCCACAAUUGCCAUGUACAUCGACCAGCCAGCAGGGAUCAUAAACUUUUACAUUGUACCUGGUGAGGGCACAGAGAAGGAGGUCAGGCUGUUGCAUCAAGUCAAAACUGUGAUUGACAAAAAGAUUCUGCCUGGUUUCUGGUUAGGAGUUCAGUCCUCAUGCACCUUACUGAAAAAAACAGAUUAAGCCACAUGUAUAUUUAUGAUGACACAAAGAUUUAAUCUUCCACAAAUCAAGUAUGAAUAUUUGUGUGAUUUAUAUCAAUAUAUGUGCUACACAAUAUCAAAGAUAACUGUGAGGUGUAGAAAAAGGAAUCCAUGGUUUUCCAGUGUUUUAGGACUAAAAAUGUGGAGGAAUUUGAUCUAGAUUUUGCAAGCGGAUGUCUGAAAAUAAAAGGGAGUGGAACUGACAGCUGAGAAUUGAGUUAAUUUGUGUACAAGGGUUUUAAUUUAAUCUUAAAAUAAACCCAGCUGUUCAGUGAAGGCCUCAGAAGCUUGCUAGAGAACUUCAGCGAACAAUAAUCUUUUAAAAACCAAAUAACAAAGCAGACAAGUCAAGGAGAAAGUUGUAAAGAUUUUGGAAAUAAAUAGGGUUCUGAAAUAAUAUCCCAAGCUUUGAAAAUCUCACAGAACUUUGUUUAAAUCAUUGUCUGAACAUGGAAUGCUCCUGCAAUUUAUCAAGACUCAACCCUCUACCUAAACUGACAGAUGGGUCAAAGAAAGCAGUAAUCAGAGACUCAGCAAAGAGGCCCAUGGUAACACAUGAGGAGCUGCAGAUAUCCACAGCUCAGGUGGAAGAAAUCAAUGGCAGGAGAACUACAAGUUGUAUAAUCCACAAAUCUGUACGUGUUAAAACGGUAUGUAUCUCUUCAAGACAUGAUCUAUAGUCUAAAAUGAAAAUGUUGUUCCAACUUAAAUGAAUUGCUUCAAUUGGGAAAAAGUAAUUGAAUCAAGUCGAUCCAACUUUAUUUAUUUAAAGUGGAGGGCUUUCGCGAAUUUUUGAAAAGAACCGCCUUCUCCAGAAAAUGCACAUGCACAACCCUGUACCCGCUCCCGAGAGGGAAUAUCUAUUAAAUGUGUGCGAAAGCAUGCAUAAGCCCAUUUCUCCUCAGGCACGCUCUGUUUAAAAGUUGCUGUUUGCAUUGCUCAUACAAGCUUACUUUCCAAAAGACGAUUUGCACUUUUUCCACUGUGUCGGACUCAACACAGUGAAAAUGAGGAUGAGCACGUAGGAAAGGCAGUUGGAGCAGUAUUUUCUUUAUAGGGUGUAAACUAUAUACUGUCACCUUUUUCUCCAUGCAUGUUCUGUCUGUUCAAUACAAUGGAAUUUGUUGGUGCAAAUAUAAAUAAUUAAAUAGUUAUAUUGCUGUAUUUAAUAGUUUGAAACAAACUGGAAACAUGCGUAUUAAAUCAA